AUGGCGCGUGCCAAUCUCCUCCUUAGCGCUGAGCUCGAGCGCGCGUUCGCCGACGCACAAAGUGGCAAGUUGCGCUACGUCAAAGUCUCGAUCGACGCCGAGUCUUUCGUACUUAGUGCGGUAGGGCCUGCAACUCCAGCUCCUCGGGACGAUGUCGCGCACUUGGUUGCGUCGUGUUUAAGCGCCGACGAAGCGGCAUUUGUGCUGCUGUGUCCCGAUACAAACGUCUCAGCUUUGCGUUGGGUCCUUUUGGCGUUUGUACCGGAGAGUGUGAGUGUGCGGGACCGGAUGCUGUAUUCGUCCUCCCGUGAUUCGCUCAAGAAACAGCUGGGAUUGAAUUACUUUUCCGGGGAAUUCCACGCCACGGAACUGAGCGAAGUAACGUGGGAGAAUUUUCUAGCGGCGAGGACAAAACAUGCGGCCGACGCGCCGCUGUCCGAGUCAGAACGGCUGUUGAAAGAAACGGCCAAGUUGGAGCGGGAUACUAACGUCAAGUCGAGUGCCAUGGGCGUCGUGCCCUUUGAGAUCACGCAGAACGUGCGGGAGAAGCUGAAACUGCUGCAGGACGACAAGUUUGACUGGAUUGCCAUGAAACUGAGCGACGAUAACGUUCGUGUCGAGGUUGUCAAGAGUCUUGAGCACGUCGACCUCAUUGACGUGCCCACGGCACUUGAUCACCGCACUCCGAGCUUUGUAGCGUAUCACUAUCGUGGCCCGCUAACGUCGGAUGCUUCGUCUGCUUUGAUAUUUCUGUAUGUGUGCCCAGAGGACUCACCAGUGCGUUUGAAAAUGGUCUACUCGACAUGCAAAGCUACAGUGCUCUCCGUUGCUAGGGAAGAGCUGCACAUCACAUUUGACCACACUAUCGAGAUCAAUGCUCCUUGCAGUGCAGCCGACGAGAUCCGGUCGGUGGUCGCGCCUUCCACCGCUGAGGAGCAGCUGAAGCCGCGAGAGUUUGCACGUCCUGCUGCGCCUGGAGGUCGUGGACGUGGCAGAGGUAGGGGUAGAUCGCACGGCCCUGCAGUCGCCCACUAA